AUGUCCGAACCCAUCCCCGAGUCCAUUCCCACAAGCGCCGACCCGCGGACCCAUCGCCCGACCAAGAAGCGUGCCUUGUCGCCGAGGUCCACCCAGGCAAACCAACUCGACGCUCUGUUCAAGCAUCCCGACCGCGAGAUCGCCAUUCCGGCCGGUCCCAGGAACAAGAACCUCCCGCCGCCCCCCGAGAUUGUCGCCAACGUCCAAGGUUCCUCCGCUGGUGCUGGCUCGGGCGAGUUCCAUGUCUACAAAGCCUCGCGGCGGCGGGAGUACGAGAGGCUGAGGCUGAUGGAUGAAGAGACGAAGAGCGAGCAGCAGAACAAGGAGUUCGAAGAGAAGAUGGCCGAGAUGCGCAAGAAGGACUCGGCCAAGACGAAUAAGAACAAGGCAAGACGGGACAAGGCCAAAGCGCGGAAGCAAAAAAGGAGCGAGAACGGAGAUUCAGCCGGGGCCAGCGAUGCAACAAAUGGUACUGAGAACGCGCAGAAGAAGUUGGGACACGGCCUCAAGCGACGUAACUCAGAGAACGACGAUGCCGUGGAUUUUACAGCCAACGGGUCCGCCGAAACCUCCAAUCCAGACGAAACCGGCAUUGUCAUUCACGACGAGGACUGA